AUGACCGACGUCAACAAUUUCGAUCUACAGCAAUGGGACAUCGACUCCAAUGUUGAGAGUGCCGCUUUGUAUCUCGAGGACUGCAAGUACAUGAAUGCCGUUGAAUGUUUGAAUGCUGCGUUGGCUCUCGACACUUGUCACUUUGAGGCCUUGAAGUUGCGAGCCACGGCUUGGGCAGCUCUCGGCUCGGCUGAACGAUGUGAAGCCGAUAUCGAGAGCUGCAUCCGACUCGAGCCCCAUCGUGUUGAACCCUACUUGAUGAUGAAAGACCACCUUUUGAGCCGAGGCAAAAUCCAUGAAGCUAUCCAACUCCUUCGCACAGCAACUUUUCGCGUUUACUUUGAUGAUCCUGAGCUUGUACGAUUGAAGGAUGCAUACGAGCAAUUGAAAAGCACCGAAUACAAUCAUUUGAUCCAAUUGCCAGCUGAGAUCAUCACCCUCAUCUUUUCCUUUUUGCCAUUCACCACGCUUGUCACUUGUAUCGCCGUAUCACGCACAUGGCGCAACUCGUUAAUCAGCAUUCCGGCUCUGUGGGGAUACAUUGAUUUUGGAAAUCCAGCCGUUCACAAGCAACAAAGCGUCAUUGCAUCAUUGAAAAACUUCUCAUCCUUGGGCACAAUCUACCAAUUAAGAGUAUCCUUGUGUGACCGCACGCUUGGCGUAUUGAUGCGAUCGAAUCAAUGCAAUAUUCGCGAAUUGGAUAUCACGGGCUAUUCUGUACGUGUGGAUGAUCUUUUACUAGUCAUGGCAAUGCGUCAACUUGGAUCCACUUGGCAAAGGGUCUCCAUCUCAUCAGCUAUCCGUACGCCUCGUGUCUUUUUCGCAGCAGCAGCCAUCUUUUGUCCUCAAUUGACAGCAAUCACUAUCAAAUCUUAUUACCAUCCGUCAGCUGAAAUCAAUGAUCAACAAGUGGAAUAUGACAUCAUGGACGAUUUGGGCAUUUCAGUGGAAGAUACAACACCCCUGGCGGUUCAAACACUGACAAUGGAGCAAUCUGUGCUAAGUACAUCCACAUUGCAAGCCUUGUUUUCUCGUUGUGUCGGUUUGCAAAAGCUUGCUUUUAUACAAUGCAAGAGCAUGUUGAGCAGUGGCCGCUUUUUUGAUGCCCUGAUGCGCUAUUUACCAACUACCACCACCAUCAACAACAUGAUCAUUGAACAAGUGAAUGCCCACAACUACGAGACCUCUAUCUUUGGCACCCAUCCCACGGACCUUUGUUCCCUAUUGAGGACCCGACCGCCAAAACAUCUGAACUUGAACAAAUGCGACAUGUAUCGUGAAGCCGUGGAGGCUAUUGUUGAAUCCAUGCGCUCGGGUACUUUGUUGAGAUACAACAGGACUUUUUAUAUGGAUCAGGCCCAAAGCCGUAGUGUACUUCGUACUUGCAUGAGAGUGGAUCGAACAUGGCAAAUGAUAGUGGAUCAAAUUGAACUGGAGACCAUACAAUCGUGGAUGGAUUCACAAGGAUGGAACGAAGAUGACUAUAUGUAUCUCGAAUAUGAAGACAUGAUGUAUGAAGAAUGGUGA